AUGGAAAGUGCGCAAACUUCAUCUUUUCCCACACGUCUUCAGCGGAUAUACCGUACUGUGGGCUUCACCAAAGGUUACAACUUCAUCCUUUGGUUCCUCUUUGGCGGAGGAUUCCUAGCCUUUGCAAUCUCUCGCUUCAUAUAUCUCGACUUUGACGGCCAACUAUGUCCUAGUGAACCACCAACAGGUCGGAUAUACGGCUCCAAGGGAGCGGUUCCUGGCGAGUGCUACUACUACCGACGUGGGAUCGCCAAGGCGGGUAUCAUCAUGCAUCUAGCUGGAAUCCUUCCCGCUGCCGUGUUAGUCGUCUUUCAGUUCAUCCCUGUUAUUCGGCACCGAGCUCUCUUAGUUCAUCGGAUCAACGGCUAUGUAGUUCUCCUCCUCUCAACGGUUGGGAUGAUUGGGGUGUUCAUGAUCGCGAGACACACCUUUGGUGGAACUUUAGAGAUGCAGACUGUGACUGAUGCUGCGAGCAUCAUGUUCAUCGCGUGCAUGGUUCUGGCUUACAUCAACGUCAAGAGACUUCAGCUAGAGCAGCAUCGUGCAUGGAUGUUACGAGGCUGGAUAAUUGCCGGACAUAUCAUCACCAUGAGAGCCAUAUCAGCUGCAAUGGCCCAAAUCGCCAGUCACACAGGUCUCUACCACACUGUGACUUCCUGCGCAGUCCUAGACUCUAUGUUCUAUCACAACAAGCCCGCUGUCGAGGCCUUGUACCCGCAGUGUGUGGGUUUCUACACAGGCGAAACCCCAGACCAACGAGUCAUUACCGAAGGGAUCCCUGGCGAGCGUCCAGAUUUAAUCGCUGCUAGACUGAAUAGCGCUUUUGGAGCUAGUGCGUGGCUCGCUCUUCUUCUCCAUGUUAUAGCCGCAGAGAUCUAUCUACGCCUUACCCCUGCUGAAGCGGAGAGGUUGCGCAAGGUUUCUUAUAGAAGACAGAUGGAAGCGGGCAUGAAAGAUCCUGGAAACUCAGGAUUGACGGCGCAGAGAUUAGGAGAUGCUGAGCCUUGGGCAUACGAGUGGGAGUCAUGA